UGAUGUGAAGGCACCUAGCAACCGGUUGUCUGCAGCUUUACGCGUUGAGCACAUUUUUAGGUCAUAUUUUAAUUCCGAUUUAACUUUGAUAAAAACAUAUGGAUCCUAUUAAACAAUAUAUUGGGACUAUUGACUAUGAUGCCAAUUUUUAUGGAAUUGUUGUUGCUAUUGCAGCAGUGUUGAUUACUAUGGUAAUUUUUCUGAUAUUGAGAAGAAAAAGUGUUAGUCGACGCAAUGUUCUUGUGACUGGCUUAUCUGAUGCAGGAAAAACAUUGCUGUUUUCACGACUUGUUUCAUCUAAGAAUGUUAUUACUUAUACAUCAAUGAAAGAAAAUAUUGCUAUAUAUCGUGUCGAUAAAAAGAGAACAGUCACUCUUGUAGAUAUUCCUGGAAAUGACAGAUUGAGAGAUAAGUACAUUGAGCAGUUUUUAGGAUUAACAAGAGGAAUUAUAUUUGUUGUAGACAGUUUUAAUUUUCAAAAAGAAAUUCGUGAUGUUGCUGGAUUCUUGUUCAGAUUAUUGCAAGAACCAGUGAUUCAUGCAAAUAAGGUUCCAUUCUUGAUAACUUGCAAUAAACAAGAUCAUGCCGUUUCUAAAAGUGCGAAAGUUAUUCAAUCUCAGUUAGAGAAAGAACUGAAUACUUUGCGAGUGACCCAAGCUGGUCGCCUUGAAUCUAUCUCUGCAUCUGGAGAUAGAGUGUUUGUUGGCAACAAGGGUAAAGACUUCCAGUUUUCUGAUUUAAAAGCUGUUAAAGUUGAUUUUGUUGAAUGCAGUGCAUUAGAAGAUGGAGUGACUGAUUCAUUGAAGCCUUGGUUGUUAAAAAUAGCUUAAAUAUUGUAAUAAAAUUCUUUGUUUAUUUUGUGAA